UUUAUUUGAUAGGGUGACCGAAUCAAUGCGUUGUAAGACGUACUCUCAUAUACAAGUAUGAGAAGGAGCUGAGGGAGGACCGUGUUUUCUCCAUUGGGAAUUUUAGUGUUGCCUCUAAUGUGGGAUCGUAUAGGACGGCGAGACACCCUUAUAAGAUUAACUUUCGGUAUGGUACCAAAAUAAAACAAUGUGAUGAUAAGUUUGUUUCUGCUGACAUCUACGUGAUCGGUGAUCCUCGUGAAAUCUUUCAAUCUGAAUAUGAUACGGAUUACUUGAUCGAUGUUAUGGGUAUGUUGAAAGUUGUUGGUGUUGAAAAGUCAUAUACUCGCAAUGGAUCUCAAUCAAAGAUGAUUUCUAUUGAGUUGUAUUACGAUGGGUACACCCUGUUUGGUCCUUAUGUUGAUGAGUUGAAUGCUUUUCUUGCAUCUGGUGAAACCGAUAAUGUUGUUGUUGCUGUCCAAUUAACCAAGAUCAAGAUCUUUCAAGGUCAGGCGAUGAUACAAAAUACUAUUAAUGCAACAAAGGUGUUGUUCAAUCCAACUUUCACUGCUGCUCUUCUAUUAAAGAAGAGGAUGGUUGAGAAUGAUGAUUCUCCGUCACCGGACAUUUCUAAAAUUACGGAGGCAUCUAAGGUUAGCGUUGAGGACUUUCUCAAUUUGUCCCCGAUGACCACUGUUGAAGGCCUUAAGGAGGGGUAUUAG